UUGGUAAUUUUAACAAGUAAAUAUAUAUAGCCGGUUUCUCCUCUCUCCGUUCGUCUCUAGAACCCUAGAACGGCCGCAGCAGACCCUACGCCGCUCGCUCCGCGUCUUCCAGGAAAGGGGAUAGAGCUUCUUUAACAACCAAUGGCUCCCCCUACUAAAGCUGCGGCUACAAAGAAGACUGACCCAAAGGGACAGGCCUUGAAGGCUGCCAAGGCAGUGAAGUCAGGUGCAUCUACCUUAAAAAAGAAGGCCAAGAAGAUCCGGACAUCGGUCACAUUUCAUCGGCCGAAGACAUUGAAGAAAGAACGCAACCCCAAGUACCCUCGCAUUAGUGCGCCCCCGAGGAACAAGCUCGAUCACUAUCAGAUACUCAAAUAUCCACUCACGACUGAGUCUGUGAUGAAGAAGAUUGAAGACAACAACACACUGGUGUUCAUCGUCGACCUCCGUGCGGACAAGAAGAAAAUCAAGGCUGCAGUCAAGAAGAUGUACGACAUCCAAACCAAGAAAGUGAACACCUUGAUCAGGCCCGAUGGGACCAAAAAGGCGUACGUGAGGCUGACUCCAGACUACGAUGCUUUGGAUGUGGCGAACAAGAUCGGCAUAAUCUAAGUCAGAACUGGGACCCUUGAUUCCCUCUACAUAAAUCUCUGGUAAUUUCUUGCCUUAAAGAAUGCCAUUUUGUCUUGUGUAGACGGAUAGGAUUAUGAUUUCUUGCACUAGAUUUUGUUUUAGAGAAACAACACUUGUUUUUAAAAAGCCUUUGAUCAUUUGAUUGGUUUAGAUCAGUGGAGGAUGGACCUUUUUUGUAUGCUGGCUAGAGCAAAAUAUAUUGUUUUUAUUGAGCUGAAAAUGUUCCCAAGUGGACUUAUGCAA